AGUUUGCGGCAGUUUGCGGGUAGAGGAGUGUGGUGCUAAUUUUGAAAAUUACAAAUUAUUUAUUUAAUUAAAUUGUAGUUUAUCAUAAUAAUUACAUCAAGUACUGUACUCAUAUUUUACCAAGAGCACUAAGCUUAAAUAGCCGGUAAAAAAUGUCUACAGACUCCACGCCCAAAGUUCUUUCCAUUCAAAGCCAUGUCGUCCAUGGAUAUGUAGGCAACAAGAGCGCUGUUUUUCCUCUUCAAGUUUUAGGUUUUGAAGUGGAUGCCAUCAACACUGUACAGUUUUCAACACACACAGCUUAUAAGCAUAUCAAAGGACCACUUCUCAGAAAUGAAGACCUUGAGGAACUCAUCGAAGGGUUGAGAUUAAAUGAAGUUGACUAUUAUACCCAUUUUUUGACUGGAUAUUCAAGAUCUCCUGAUUCUUUGAAACAAAUUGCUCAAAUUAUCACAAAAUUGAGACAGAAAAACCCCAAUCUGAUUUAUGUGUGUGAUCCAGUUAUGGGUGAUAACGGUAAAAUGUAUGUACCAGAGGAUAUCUUACCGGUAUACAGAGAUAUAGUAGUACCCCUCGCAGACAUAUUAACACCCAACCAGUUUGAAGCUGAACUGAUGACCGGGCUUAAGAUGAAGGAUUUGGAUGGGGCUCUUAAAGUCAUAGAUGCAUUGCACGAUAAAGGAGUCAAGAUAGUGGUCCUGAGCAGUACAGAUUUGGGAGAUGGGGAGAAUAUUAUUGGCAUCGCCAGUAAUAAAGAAUCCUGUUACAAGAUUGAAAUGACGAAACUGAAUGCAAAUUUCACGGGCACUGGAGAUCUUUUUGCGGCCCUCUUUCUGGCGUGGUUCCACAAAACUAAUAACAAUUUGAAAUUAACCCUUGAAAAAACAAUAGCAACUCUGCAACACAUUGUUAAAGACACUUAUGAAAAAGCUAGAGCCAUUCACACUACUGGAAAAAUCCCGCCAGCCCUUAUCGAACUAAGACUAAUCCAGAACAAAUCCACUAUAGAGGACCCUAAAAUCACUGUCGAGUCUAUAAAAAUAAAGGGAUAAAUAGAUAAAGUAGGUAAGUUAAAUGUUUUAAGACAAUAAAAUAUAUGAAUUUUGUUAUUUCGUUAUUAUCUACAAAUUUUAUUCGAUAUAAGUAAUAUAUUAUUAUGUAGAUAUUAUGGACUAGGGAUACUUACAUUAAAUUAUUCAACCUCGUUAUCUCAUCGCGUUCUCAGAUGUCAAUACAGACGAUUAAUAAGGGAUAAGAUUGCACACCUAUGAACUUUAGGCAAUUUUAUUAUGACAAGAUACAGAAAUAUGAAAAUGGAUGUAAAUAAAUAUUAUAUAAGUAGGUAGGAGAUUACAAAAAGACAAUUUUGUUAUUCAUAUACAAAAAUAUUGACGAAUUUAUACUUUUUAAAAUUCUACUACAAGUUAGCUCUUGACUGCUAUCUCACCUGAUGGUAAGUGAUGAUGCAGUCUAAGAUGAAAGCGGACUAAC